ACUGGCACCACCUGGGAAGCCCCUGGACGAUGAAUAAACCAGUACUGUAACAUCCCCUACACUUGAACAGUGCUUCUGGCUGACCAUCUGCUCUUACCCUCUGAGGAGCAGAAAGGUAGAGCUUCUUCUUGACGAUGCUCAGCAUGGAGUCUCACUUUGAUCUUACUAAGUAGACCCUGCUGUCCCUCCACCCUCUGGAGCAAUCACUGUCACCCCCUCCCCUGAUUCCUCAUACAGCUGCUGUGAUUUGAAUAACCAAGCAGGCUGGUGGAUGUCCGGUAGUGACUAAUUUGCUUGGCAAACAGACCCUCUGGUCCUGGGCCCUGCUGGUACUAUGGAAAGACACUCAGCCUCACUGGGUUCUGUUUCCUCUCCCCACGCCCCAAGAGCCACCUAGGUUCCAUCUUGCCCUGCUGCACCUCCUCAGAGGACUUGUCUUCCCCUGGAGGCUGGAGAGUGUGCUGGGAAACUUGGCAGAGGAGAAGCGGGAGGAGCGGCAGGACCUAAGGCAGAGGUAACCAGAGCUGGCCAAGUCUGCCCCCAGGGCCUGUCAGGAAAUUUGCAUGGAGCGAACAAGGCUUCUCUGGGGCUUCCCCCUCCCUUCCCACCUGGGAGAGUCAUCCUGGACCUGAGGUCUGACAGCAGGUGGAGGAAGCAGCCGCGUGUGUGGAGCUGUUGCCCUGUUCCCAGAGGUGAUGCCCCGUGCCUUUCUGGUCAGGAGUCGGCGUCCACAGCCGCCCAACUGGGACCACCUGCCUGACCAGCUCCGGGGAGACGCCUAUGUCCCAGACUGCAGCAACCUGGGGGGGCCGCCGGCACACCGGACUUCAGGCCUCGGGGACUCUUGGGCAGCGCCCUCCCAGGGCACUCUGACUGCCACCCCUAGUAGCCCCGGGACCCUUGGCUGCCCGCUGUGCCCCAAGGCCUUCCCAUUGCAGCGCAUGCUAACCCGGCACCUCAAGUGCCACAGCCCAGCUCGCCGCCACGUAUGCCACUGCUGUGGCAAGGGCUUCCAUGACGCCUUCGACCUCAAGCGCCACAUGAGGACACACACAGGGAUCCGGCCAUUCCGCUGCGGAGCUUGUGGAAAAGCAUUUACGCAGCGCUGCUCACUUGAAGCACACCUCGCCAAGGUGCACGGGCAGCCGGCCAGCUAUGCUUACCGCGAGCGCCGUGAAAAGCUGCACGUGUGCGAGGACUGUGGCUUCACCAGCUCGCAGCCCGAUGCCUUCGCUCGGCACCGUGCUCUCCACCGUGCUGCCUAGACUGUGUACCCGGCGUCCAACCCAUGAGAAGGAAAUAAACAAAGAAAAGGCACUCACAGAACACAGCA